AUGAAGUCCAUCCUCGCCAGAGUGGCGCUCGUCGUUGGCAUACUAGCUUCCCGCGCGGUUGCCGCCCCUCCGUCGACUCCGGCGCAGCGAGACCUUCUCGUCCCUAUCGUCGACAGAGACGAAAGCGGUCUUGCUCCUCGGCAGUCUAGCUGCAACACUCCGAGUAACCGGGCUUGUUGGUCGAAUGGGUUUGAUAUUAACACGGACUAUGAAGUCAAAAGUCCUGACACUGGUGUUGUUCGGCCGUACACUUUUACCUUGACGGAGGUUGACAACUGGACUGGUCCUGAUGGUGUUGUCAAGGAGAAGGUUAUGUUGAUCAACAACAAGAUCAUUGGUCCGACCAUCUUUGCUGAUUGGGGUGAUACCAUCCAAGUCACUGUCAUCAACAAUCUCGAAACCAACGGCACCUCCAUCCACUGGCACGGCCUCCACCAAAAAGGAACCAACCUGCACGACGGCGCCAACGGCCUGACCGAAUGUCCCAUCCCACCUCAAGGCGGCCGCAAAGUCUACCGUUUCAAAGCCCAACAAUACGGCAGCAGCUGGUACCACUCUCACUUCUCCGCACAAUACGGCAACGGCGUAGUCGGCACAAUCCACAUCAACGGCCCGGCCUCGCUCCCCUACGACAUCGACCUGGGCGUGUUCCCGCUCAUGGACUACUACUACCGCACGGCCGACGAGCUAGUCGCCUUCACCCAAAACAACGGCGCGCCCUUCAGCGACAACGUCCUCUUCAACGGCUCCGCCAAACACCCAACCACUGGCGCAGGGCAGUACGCCAACGUCACGCUGACGCCGGGAAAACGCCACCGGCUGCGUAUCAUCAACACGUCGACUGAGAACCACUUCCAGGUUUCCUUGGUGGACCACAAGUUCACCAUCAUCGCGUCCGAUCUCGUCCCCGUGCAAGCACAAACUGUCGAUAGCCUAUUCCUAGCCGUCGGUCAGCGGUACGACGUCACCAUCGACGGAAACGCCGCGCCGGGGAAUUACUGGUUCAACGUGACCUUUGGCGGACAAGCAGCCUGCGGCGGGUCGUUGAAUCCGAACCCGGCGGCGAUUUUCCACUAUGCCGGUUCGUCGGGCGGGUUGCCGACGAAGCAAGGGGUUGUUCCUGUCGACCAUCAGUGUUUGGACUUGCCGAACUUGACGCCGGUGGUGCAGCGGACGGUACCGGUUAGUGGGUUCACGAAGAAGGCGGAUAACACGCUGACGGUGAACAUUGACUUGACCGGGACGCCGUUGUUUGUGUGGAAGGUGAAUGGGAGUGCGAUUAAUGUGGAUUGGAAUAAGCCGGUGUUGGAGUAUGUUAUGACGCAGAAUAACAGUAUUCCGCGGAGUGAGAAUAUCGUGCAGAUUGAUACUGCGGAUCAGUGGACAUAUUGGCUCAUCGAAAACGAUCCCAACGGACCGUUCAGUCUCCCUCACCCGAUGCACCUCCACGGCCACGACUUCCUCGUCCUCGGCCGUUCCCCCGACGUCCCCCCCGGCUCCAACCAACGCUUCACCUUCGACCCAACAGUCGACCUCCCCCGGCUCCGCGGAUCCAACCCCGUCCGUCGCGACGUAACCAUCCUGCCCGCAGGCGGCUGGCUCCUGCUAGCCUUCAAAUCCGACAACCCGGGCGCAUGGCUAUUCCACUGCCAUAUUGCCUGGCACGUGUCGGGAGGGUUGAGCGUGGAUUUCUUGGAGCGGCCGAAUGAUUUGCGGCAGCAGAUUACGCCGGGGGAUCGGGAUGAUUUUAAUCGGGUUUGUGAUGAGUGGCGGGCGUAUUGGCCGACGAAUCCGUUCCCGAAGGUGGAUUCGGGGCUGAGGCAUCGGUUUGUGGAGGAGAGUGAGUGGUUGGUGAAGGCGUGA